GGCUGGGGUGUGUUUAUUUUGGCAUAUACAACGAGGUAUGGAUUUAAAUUGCUUUUAGCAGAUAGCUAGCUAGGUGUUCCAGCACCAUUACUGAAUGAGCUGUCAUUUCACCAUUACCUCCAAAGAUCCCCUUAAUUAUAACACUAACUAUUAUUAAUUGUGGAACAUAUUUAUGCAUACCAGGCUCUGCCUCUGGGCUUUCUAGUCUGUUCCAGAGACCCAGUACCAGAAUAUUUAAAUCACUGUGGCGUUAAAUACGUUUUAAUAUCUGAUAGGGCCAGUUUCUGCGCAUUGCACUUUUUUUUUUUUUUCUUACAGGAACGUGUUCGGGCCCGCGGCAGGGGGCGGGGUCGCGCCUCCUCCGCGGCUCUGGUUCCAGCCGAGCCUCACGGACGCCGAGAUGGAAAUCCCGAGGCUGCUCCCGGCUCGCGGGACACGACAGGGCGGCUGUGGCGGUAGCCCCGCGGGCGGCGGCCGGGUCGACCGAGGCCCUGACCCGCCGGCUGGCCAGGCCCCCACGCGUCGUCUCCUGCUGCUCCGGGGCCCCCAAGAUGGCGGGCCCGGGCGGCGGCGCGAGGAGGCCCGCACGGCCUCACGGGGCGCUGGCCCGAGCCUGUUGGCGCUGAGGCCCGAUCACGCUAGCGGCGGCGGCGACGACUUCUUCCUGGUACUGCUUGACCCGGUGGGUGGCGACGUGGAGACCGCAGGCGCCGGUCAGGCCGCAGGGCCUGAGUGGAGGGAGGAGGCCGAGGCGGGCCCGGGGCCCCAGGGGGGCGAAAGCGGCGCGAACCCUGCGGGCUGCCCCGCGCCGGGCCCCCGCUGCCUGUCCGCGGUUCCCACCCCGGCCCAGAUCUCCGCCCCAGGGCCCGGCCCCGCCGCGGCCUUCGCGGGCACCGUCACUGUCCACAACCAGGACGUGCUGUUGCGCUUUGAGAACGGCGUCCUCACCCUGGCCACGCCCCCACCACCCGCCUGGGAGCCGGGGGUCGGGCCUGCCCCGCAGCCCGCGGGGCUCAUCGCCCCGCAGGCUGGGUUCCCGCACGCCGCGCAGCCGGGUGACUGUCCGGAGCUGCCGCCCGACCUCCUGCUGGCCGAGCCGGCCGAACCGGCGCCCGUCCCGGCGCCGGAGGAGGAGGCGGAGGGACCAGCCACUGCCCUGGGCCCCCGUGGGUCACUGGGCCCCGGCCCAGGCGUGGUGCUGUACCUGUGCCCCGAGGCGCAGUGCGGGCAAACCUUCGCCAAGAAACACCAGCUGAAGGUGCACCUGCUGACGCACAGCAGCAGCCAGGGCCAGAGGCCCUUCAAGUGCCCACUGGGUGGCUGCGGCUGGACCUUCACCACCUCUUACAAGCUCAAGAGGCACCUGCAGUCGCACGACAAACUGCGGCCUUUUGGCUGCCCCGCGGAGGGGUGCGGCAAGAGCUUCACCACCGUGUACAACCUCAAGGCACACAUGAAAGGCCACGAGCAGGAGAACUCAUUCAAAUGCGAGGUGUGCGAGGAGAGCUUCCCCACACAGGCCAAACUCAGCGCCCACCAGCGCAGCCACUUUGAGCCCGAGAGGCCUUACCAGUGCGCGUUUUCCGGCUGCAAGAAGACAUUUAUCACGGUGAGUGCCCUGUUUUCCCAUAACCGCGCCCAUUUCAGGGAACAGGAACUCUUUUCCUGCUCUUUUCCUGGCUGCAGCAAACAGUAUGACAAGGCUUGUAGGCUGAAAAUUCACCUGCGGAGCCACACCGGCGAGAGACCUUUCCUUUGUGACUUUGAUGGCUGUGGCUGGAACUUCACCAGCAUGUCCAAACUCUUAAGGCACAAAAGGAAGCACGACGAUGACCGGAGGUUCACGUGCCCUGUGGAAGGCUGUGGGAAAUCUUUCACGAGGGCCGAGCAUCUGAAAGGCCACAGCAUAACCCACCUGGGCACAAAGCCUUUCGUGUGCCCUGUGGAAGGCUGCCGUGCCAGGUUCUCCGCUCGCAGUAGUCUCUACAUUCACUCCAAGAAACACCUGCAGGAUGUGGACACUUGGAAAAGCCGUUGCCCGGUCUCCACUUGUAAUAAACUCUUCACAUCCAAGCACAGCAUGAAGACCCACAUGGCCAAAAGGCACAACAUCGGCCAGGAUCUCUUAGCUCAGCUAGAAGCCGCAAAUUCUCUUACGCCCAGCAGUGAACUUACCAGCCAGGGACAGCAUGAUCUCAGCGAUGCAGAGAUAGUGUCUCUCUUCUCUGAUGUGCCUGACAGUAGUUCUGCUGCAGUGCUGGACGCAGCAUUGGUGAACUCUGGAAUCUUGACUAUUGAUGUGGCUUCUGUGAGCUCAACUCUGGCAGGGAACCUCCCUGCUAAUAAUAAUAAUUCCUUAGGGCAGGCAGUGGACCCUCGGGCCUUGAUGGCCACCAGUGACCUUCCUCAAAGUCUGGAUACCUCUCUCUUUUUUGGAACGGCAGCCGCUGGUUUUCAGCAGAGCCCCUUAGAUUUGGAUGAUGCCUCCAGUGUAAGUGCCGGGCCAUUGGGAUCCCUGGGCUCUUUGGCUAUGAAAAACUCCAGUCUCGAGCCCCAAGCUUUGACACCCAGCAAUAAGCUAACGGUGGACACAGAUGCUCUGACUCCUUCGAGCACCCUUUGUGAAAACAGUGUCUCAGAACUACUGACACCAGCCAAAGCAGAGUGGAACGUACCUCCUGACUCUGACUUCUUUGGACAGGAAGAGGAAACCCAGUUUGGAUUCUCCAAUCCCGCAGGAAACCAUGGUUCUCAGAAAGAAACAGAUCUCAUCACAGUGACUGGCAGCUCGUUUUUGGUAUGAACCAACUCUAUUCAUUCCUCACACCAUGUGGCUUACUGUUGUUACGGCCAAUUUUGAGGAUAUUCUGGACUAAAUGUUUAAAUGCAAUCAUUUCUUGUUGGUUUGCAAAAGAACACAGCCCUGGACUACAAGUGUUGAGAAUUCUGAUCUUGGGUCUGGAACUGAGCAAUUGUGUGACCCUCAGCAAGUCACUUAACCUAUCUGAGCCUUCAUUUCCUUAUUUAUAAAAUGAGGUGGCUUGAAUAGAUUGUUUUAAGGUCUUUUCAGCUUUGUGUUUUCAUGGUUUUGUGCUCUUUCUUGAAAAAUUUAGGGAAUUUUACAAUGGUUAAUUAUUGCAUGUGCUGUUGAUGUAAUGAGAAGGACCUUGAGUCCUUUGAGCAUUAAAUGAUCAGAGAUUGUGGAACUGGUGUUUUACAUCAAAAACUUAAUGGAGAUUUUAUAUAGUGCCAAAAUAUUUCUACAAUCUGGUGGUAGAGCUAAAAGAAAAAGAUAAAAGUAUGGGUUGGUUCUUCUUACCUGUUUAUCAUUCCAGCCUCCUUUUUUUAAUAUGGGAGGCUAUAUUGUUUUUGUGGUAAUUAUCAGGGCUUUGAUAUGACACAGACCCGGAGUGAAAUAUUGGCUUUGCGGUGUUGAAUAAGUGGCCUUAAAUAAGUUAUUGGGUCUAGCUAAGCCUCAGUUCCUAGCAAUGAACACAUAUCUGGUAUAUUCUAGGCUUCUUUUUCUAUUCUAGUGGUUGAUAUUGAAGAGAAAAUAUUACGUUUCAAGCAUGUUUUUGGAAUCUUUGCCUUUCCUGCCCCUUAUCUUCCCUCCUCACAUGAGAGAAAUUAGCAUAAUUUAAUAUGACACUUUUGCAGGCAAUAAGCAUUUAAGAAGGUUAAAAUAUGUGGAAGGAAAUUUAUUUCUUCCAAAUAUUAGAAAGGAUUUUUCUCCCCACAAUUCUUGUGUGACAUUGUGCACAUGUGCAUUAGACUAGUGUGCUAGAGUCUUUUUUCUGCAUUCAAAGCCAGAGUCUACUGUUCCAAGAAAAAUCUAAAAAUGGACAAGAGUGAGAUUUUUUUCUCCCCUCUGUGCCCUGGAGAACUCAUUGCUGGCCUGCUCUCAGAGUUGAGAAGUUUUGUCUGCAUUUUGAGUAGAUACCAUCUAUCUUACAUAAGUGUUGCAUUUUAUAGUUUAUGUAGCACUUCCACAACUAUUAUAUUUGAUCCUCACAAUCCUGUGAGGUAGCUGUGGCAAAGUCUAAACUACAAUUCAUAUUAAAAUUUUACCUAAUUCAAAUUACAAAUGAAUUUUGCUUAGUAACUAUUAAUUAUGUAUGUAUAUAUAGUUCAAAAAGAGGAGGAAAUGUUUCUACCUCUCUCCUUGUACUCUUCUGAGUCAUGACAGUUGUGUUAACCGUUUGCUCUGUUCCACCUUAAUUGACGCCUGUUAACAUUCUAUCUGCCCUGCUCCCUCUCCACUCCAUUUCCUUGCAUGUACACACUAGUCCUUGCCUUGCAUCUCCUUUGGUUUUUUACCUUUUUCAUUAAUCAAGUCUCUUUCGUGGUCACCAUCUCUCAGCCAUUCUUCUAAUGACCUAUUUUUCAGUCACUGUAUUACUGCAAGUCUGUAUGUGCACUGAGAAAUUAUUUUCUUGCUCAAAUGACAAUGUGUUUAUAUAUGAAUCAGAUGAUAAUGGGGGCAUUUUACAUAAGGUGUUAGAAGUACUACUUUUCUACGAUUUUUCACCAUGUAGUUCUGCUAGCAAACUCUAUUAGUUGCUUUCAAAUAUUGUAACUCAGUACUGUUUACAUGUGGCUACUUGGGGAUAACAAUUAUUAUGGAACUUUGGCAGUGCACUUUAUAAUUUGUCAUUUUGAGAUGUAUCUGUACUGUCUUUAUACUUUUAAAU